GGAGCAGACAAAGCGGCGGUUGCGGCGGCGGCGGCGGCGAAAGCGGCGGCACAUGGUCUGCGGCGGGGCGCGCUCCGUGGCCGUUACUGCAACGUUCGCGGGGGCGGGGGACGGUUGGGCGCGCGCUCCGCACCAGGCGACCCCGCUGCCCUCGGGGCUCCCGUGACUCGUUCCCCCGCAACCCCCCGAAGAGGAGGCCUCAGGCCGAGGCCGAGGAAGAGACAGAGUCGGAGCCUGCGCUUUCGAGGGGGAGGAGGCAGAGCCCCCGCCGCGUGCAGCCGCCCUGGGAGGCGGAAACGAGAGCGGCGGAGGUUCGAGCUAUACGCCCCGCCCCCUCAUUUUUCCGGCCACCCCCCCAGGUUCCUGGGGAGGUCACCCCUUGCCUCCUGAAUUCUGAUCACCCGGUUCGCCAAGCCUCGAAAGAAGCUCACCCUCUGCUUUUCAAGAUCGGAAGUUGGGGAGGGGGGGGUCCUCACUGCACCAAGAUCCCCCGGCCUCAGUACCAGCAGUAAAUCCUCCUGACACCUGCCCAAAGACUCUUAGGGAGCAUUACCCCUGGCCUCCCAGACUCAGGGACCCCCCCCACCCCCCACCCCCCAUCCAAGACUUUUAGGAAGUACACACGUCCUGGGCUCACUGUAAGGAAACUCCAAGACUCGGGAAAGUUUCCUUUGCCCCACCCCGUCUCCAAGAUUGGGCUGUAGGAGGCCUCUGACCCCAAAAUUGUUAGGGAGCACUGCCACCAUCUAGAAGACUUUUAGGGGAGACAGCUCAUAGCCAGGAGUCAAAGAGAAGAACAAUUCAUUAAGCAGUUCCUGUAGAGCUUUGAGGGUACCCAUUGAACCCAGAUCUGGAUUAGCGUAUCAGAGGACAGUUUAAAAAAAACAAACUAUUCUAGAACUCUGAGCCUCCCCCCUCCCUUCAAUGGAAUGGUGGCAGGACUUGCUGGCCAAGGAACCUCUCAAACCUGGUUUUUCCUGAAGAGAGCUUUGAAAGGUGGUCCACAGCAUUUCCUACAGCAGACUGGAAAGUUGACCCUCUGUCAGUACAGAUUGAUUGUCUCUUUGGAGGCCUCUUUUAACGACUUUCUGAAAUUAACUCAAGAGGAACGCUGGCACCUCAACUGUAGUUCUUUGGGGGCGUAAAAAAUAUUAGGAUAAGUGAUUUAAAACUUAAGUCUUCUGACUGGGCCUUAGAGACCCACAUGUUCCGAUCUUGACGAGACUAGCAGUCAUGGCAUUUGCUAAUUACAGCAGUCUGAAUCGAGCUCAGCUGACAUUUGAAUAUCUCCAUACAAAUUCAACCACCCAUGAAUUCCUGUUUGGGGCCCUUGCUGAGCUCGUGGACAAUGCCAGAGAUGCCGAUGCCACCAGAAUAGAUAUUUAUGUAGAGCACCGGGAGAAUCUCCAGGGAGGCUUCAUGCUCUGCUUUCUGGAUGAUGGCGCGGGAAUGGAUUCAAGUGAUGCCGCCAGUGUCAUACAGUUUGGGAAGUCAGCCAAGCGGACCCCGGAGUCCACGCAGAUUGGGCAGUAUGGCAAUGGCUUGAAAUCGGGCUCCAUGAGAAUUGGAAAAGAUUUCAUCCUCUUUACCAAAAAGGAUGAUACCAUGACCUGCCUCUUCUUGUCUCGCACAUUUCACGAAGAAGAAGGUAUUGAUGAGGUGAUUGUACCACUGCCCACCUGGAAUGCCCGUACUCACCAGCCCAUUACAGAGAACAUGGACAAGUUUUCCACUGAGAUUGACCUCAUCUAUAAGUAUUCGCCUUUCAAAUCAGAGCAGCAAGUAAUGGAUCAAUUUAAGAAGAUCUCUGGGGAGACGGGAACCCUGGUUAUCAUCUUUAACCUCAAACUCACAGACAAUGGAGAACCUGAGCUGGAUGUUGUCUCGGACCCCCGGGACAUCCAGAUGGCUGAAACGUCCCCUGAGGGCACGAAGCCCGAGCGCCGCUCCUUCCGCGCCUACGCCGCCGUCCUCUACAUUGACCCCAGAAUGAGGAUCUUCAUUCAUGGCCACAAAGUGCAGACCAAGCGACUUUCAUGCUGCUUGUAUAAGCCCAGGAUGUACAAAUACACCUCCAACCGCUUCAAGACAAGAGCUGAACAGGAGGUGAAGAAGGCAGAGCAUGUGGCUCGUAUAGCGGAAGAAAAGGCUCGAGAGGCUGAGAACAAAGCCCGAGCCUUGGAGCUGAGGCUUGGAGGAGACCUAACCCGGGAAUCCAGGGCGGCCUUGCGGCAGGUCCAAGGCACAGCCAUUAACCUGCGCCGGGAAGCUGACAUUAAGAAGCGCAUCAAAGAGGCCAAACAACGGGCCCUCAAAGAACCUAAGGAGCUUAACUUUGUCUUUGGGGUAAACAUCGAGCAGCGGGAUCUGGACGGCAUGUUCAUAUACAAUUGCAGUCGUUUGAUUAAGAUGUACGAGAAGGUGGGCCCACAGCUCGAGGGAGGCAUGGCCUGUGGUGGGGUCGUUGGAGUGGUAGAUGUGCCCUAUCUGGUCCUGGAGCCCACCCACAACAAGCAGGACUUUGCCGAUGCCAAGGAGUAUCGGCACCUGCUGAAAGCUAUGGGCGAGCACCUGGCCCAGUACUGGAAGGACGUGGCCAUUGCCCAGCGGGGAAUCAUCAAAUUCUGGGAUGAGUUUGGCUACCUCUCAGCCAACUGGAACCAGCCCCCAUCCAGUGAGCUUCGCUACAAACGGAGGAGGGCCAUGGAGAUUCCCACCACCAUCCAGUGUGAUUUGUGUCUGAAGUGGCGGACCCUGCCCUUCCAGCUGAGCUCUGUGGAGAGGGACUAUCCAGACACAUGGGUGUGCACAAUGAACCCUGAUGCUGAGCAGGACAGCUGCAACGCAUCUGAGCAGAAGCAAAAGGUUCCCUUGGGGACCCUGAAGAAGGACUACAAGACCCAAGAGGAGAAGCAGAAACAGCUGACGGAGAAGAUCCGGCAACAGCAGGAGAAGCUGGAAGCCCUGCAGAAAACGAUCCCUAUCAGAUCCCAGGCUGACCUGAAGAAGCUACCUCUGGAGGUGAGCAGCAGGCCUUCGGUGGAGGAGUCCCAUACCAUACGCCGACUUGCGCGCCCCAGGUCCCCCCCACUGCCAGCUGUGAUUAAGAACGCUCCAAGCCGACCCCCACCCCCACCUCCCCCACCCCCACCAACUCCCAGACAAGUCUUCCAGGCCAGAAGGGGCCCUCCGUCCGUCUCCCCGAGACCAGCCCACUCGCCGGCCCAGGAGGAAGCCAGCACAUCCAGGAUGUCUCACCCAGCUCUGGCUCCCCGGAAGUCCAGCGGCGCCAUUGUCAAACCGGCUCCCAGAGUGGUCUCCGUGGUGAGGUCCCCCACAUCGCUUGUGCUGAAUUCCAGGCCCCCCCGUGACGUGCCCAUCCCCAAACCGGUGAAGACCCCAGUGCUCAAGAAGCCAGACCCGCCCAGUAAACCUCAGAUUGUCAGUGCCCGGAAGAGAAGCUUUCCUCUGACACCGGAUGAGGCCGAGGAAGAUAUGGACAGGAAGAAGGAGAAGUCCAAGCGCGGCAAAAUCCUUGUGAAAGACGAGAAGAAGGAGUCGAGUGAAGUCGUCGUCGAGCUCUCAGACAGUGUCAACGAAGAAGACCUGGCAGAGCUUAAAAGAGCCCAGAAAGACAAAGGGCUGCACGUGGAGGUGCGGGUGAACAAGGAGUGGUACACGGGCCGCGUGACUGCCGUGGAGGUGAGCAAGCACGUGGUGCGCUGGAAGGUGAAGUUUGAUUACGUGCCCACAGACACCACGCCGAGAGACCGCUGGGUUGAGAAAGGCAGUGAUGAUGUAAGGUUGAUGAAGCCCCCCUCCCCCGAGUACCAAAGCCCCGACACCCAGCAGCAGGAGGACGAAGAUGUGGUCACCAUUGAGCCUUCCACCUCGGACUGCAGCCGCAUCGAGCCGGACACCACGGCCCCCAGCAGCAGCCACGAGACCGUGGAUCUGCUGGUCCAGACCCUCCGGAAUUGUCUCCGGUAUUUCCUGCCUCCCAACUUCCCCAUCUCAAAAAAGGAACUGAGUUCUAUGAGCCCGGAUGAGCUGAUGGCCUUUCCUUUGAAGGAGUAUUUCAAACAGUAUGAGGUAGGCCUACAGAAUCUGUGCAACUCGUAUCAGACCCGUGCCGAUGCCCGCGCCAAGGCCUCGGAGGAGAACCUCCGCACCUCAGAGAGAAAGCUGCGAGAGACCGAAGAGAAGUUGCAGAAGCUGAGGACAAACAUUGUGGCCCUGCUCCAGAAAGUGCAAGAGGACAUCGACAUCAACACUGACGACGAGCUGGAUGCCUACAUCGAGGACCUGAUCACCAAGGGAGACUGAGCCAGGUGCCAAUGGCCAGGGAGACCUAGGCGGCCAAGAGGGCAGCACCUGGCCUGGCCCUGAGGCACGGGACCACCUUCUCGAGGUUCUACCCACCCAAGACACUUGUGUCGUCACAAGGGAAGCUUUGAAACCUUGUAGUUCUUCAGAUUUCCCUCCCUUUGUUUAUAAAUAUUUAUUUUUAAACGAAACAAGAGCCCACGAGGUAAUGCUUUUUCGUUUAUGGCCGCAAGAGGCCCUUCGGGUGGGGGGGUGGUCUUCUGGAAGCUCCCUCAUCUCCCCCUCUACCCCUGCUUAUGCACGUGGACGGCGGCCCGAGGGCAUGAUAUGCUUGGCUACCCGGGAUAAGGGUGCGAAGGAGGGGGUUGGGGCCUUCUGAGACAGCAGACAGACUUGAUGGAUUCGGGCACUCCCCCCAUUUCUGACCUUGGAGGAGGGAUGAAGAAGAUGCAGGCAUGGGCUGGGCAUCCUUGUGGGUCCUCUGCCCUUGGCAGAGCAGAGAGCGCCUUGCCAGCUGUUGCCCUUGGCCCUAGCGGACAUUUCCCAACCUGCUGAUAAUAAAAGGUUUAACGCUCGGUGCCCCACCAUCUUUGUUUCUUCCUUUUCUGACUUGAAGAUGCUUCACACCACGCCACCGGUAGAACAAGCUGGUCCUGGAGCCUUGGCACUCGGGCUUGAACCCUGGCUCAGCCACCUCCACCAGGUGCUCUUGGGCAAGCUCCUUUCCCCACCGGCCUCAGUUUUCUCUUCUGAAAAAGGAAGAUUGUGGGACUUGAUGGUUUCAAAGGACCUGCCUGGCGUGGGGCUGAUCUCUUCCAAGCAGACUUGGCACUGAUGAGUCAGGCGCGUCUUUUUUGUUGUGGAUCGAUAACAGCAUGAGCCCCUGCGUGGAAUGAGUAGCGUAUCCCUAAGCUGUAUCUGUGUGUGCGUGUGUGUAUGGGGGGGGGUGGGGGGUGAGGGUGGUCUACACCUGUGACUUCACCGGCCCAGGGGUGUGUGCCUGUGUGAGGAGGAGCCCUGGGAAGGAGGUGAUGUCCAUUGUGCUCGGCUGCUGGAGUCAGGAAGACCCGAGUUCAAAUCUGGCCUCUCGGACAGCAGCCUGGGGCCCUGGACGAUUCAUUUCCCUGCUGCCUGCCUCAGUCUUUCUCUUCUGUAAAAUGAGGGUGAUAAUAGCCUGUCCCUCCAGGGUGGUUGUGAGGAUCAAAUGAGAUCACCCACACAGAGGCUUUGGAAGCCUUGAGCACGCUGUGUGUGUGUGUGUGUGUGUGUGUGUGUGUGUGUGUGUGUGUGUGUGUGUGUGUGAGCUGCUGCUAUUUUUAUCUUGAUUACUAUUGUGACUGAAGAAACUGGAGCACUGAGAGACCAAGGGAUUCAUCCUGAUGGUGUCAGAGGCAGGAUUUGAACCCACAUCUCUGAACUCCCAAGUCUGGUGCUGUGUCCUCUACACCAGUGGCACCCACCUUACAGAAACAGGGACCACUCAGCCAUGGAGCCAUCCCUUUGGGCCAUAUGUCGACUUAAUGUAAGAUGUAACAUCUCUGUUUGGCUGUUGUGUUAAGCAUCUCCCAGUUCUGCUUUAGUCUGGUUUGGCUGCCCUCCCGUGCCCUGUGGGGCAGCCUCUCUGACCUUCCCCACCCCCAAGCGACACCGCUUGAGAGCUUGCCCGUGACAGCCAGUGUAGACGACUCCACGUGCUUCUCGCAGGUCUUUUAUCUGUCCUUUUUCUCCUGGGCCCCCCACCCUGUACUGGGUCCGAGGGAGCCCAUGUGCCAAAGAUAAAGGAAGCAGGCCUGUGCCAGGGCCCUCAGCUGGCGCCUGGCAGCUUCUCCAGCCUCCAGUCCCCACGCUUUAGAAGGUCAUUGAGAAGAUCAGCCAAGUCCAACCAUGGCCUAAUUUGGUGCCCGUCCCUCUGUCUUCCAGGCUGCCCAAGGAACCCAGGAAACCUUAGGAUUUGGGCAAGCCUCUUGGGACCCAAGACAGGGAAUCGGGGUGUGGUCACAGUGUUGUCUCCCAGCUCCCUCAGGACCCUGGUGCGUUUGGACACAUUUCACUGAUGCCCCUCCCUUGCAGGAGGCCCCGCAUCCAGUGUCUGCCUAGCGACAGAUUGAACUCAACUGGGAGACUGAGAGAACAACAGUCACAACUGGAAGCCGGACCAUCUCCCGCCGUGAGCAUCAUUGAUCCUGGGACUAUCCCAUCUCUCCCAGCCAAGGGGCACCAUAGCGGGUAGAGCACUGGGCCUGGAGUCAGGAAGACCUGAAUUCAAAUCAGGCCUCAGACAUUAGCUGGGUGGCCUUGGACAAGUCACCUGAUCUGGUCUGCCUCAGUUUCCUCAUCUGUAAAAUGAGCCGGAGAAGGAAACGGCAAAACCAAGAAACCCCCAAAUGGGGUCACAGAGAGUCGGACGUGACUGAAAUGACUGAACAACAAAACUGUCCAGGAAAUGAGCUCAGCUCCUGUGGAUCGGAGGGGUGCCCUCACCCCCCAGAAGCCUGCACCCAGGAUGAUCUUUGCUACCACCAAGAUUCCCUGCCCUCCCAGAUCCCUGUGGGCCCCUUGUGGAGGUGGUUGUGGGGCUCAACUGCUGGGGAAGGACCUGGGAUGUCUUCACAGCCUCCUCUACUUCAUACAUGGUUGGCCCAAAGCUCAUCUUCCUUGGUUCUUAUGCACUGGGACUAACUGUUGCUGCUGCAUUUUCAACCAGGUGCUCUCCUCAUGACCACCCCCCAUCGACCCCCCCCCAUUGGAGGUGGCAGGGCUGGGGAAGAAGAGCCUGGACUUGGAGCCUGGACCUCAUUUUAUUCCCUUCUUAAACUCGAUCACUAAACUAGUAGAUGAGAGGGAUGUUGUGGGUAGAGUUUAACUAGAUUUCAGCAAAGUUUCUGAUAAUAAAGUAUCUUGUGUCCUUGUAGAGAAUGUGGAGAGAGACGGAUUAAAUGAUAAUGGAGUUGGAGGGGCUCAGGACUGGUCAUGUGGCCAGACUUGGUGAAUACUGUCUUUAACAUCUCCAGGGAGGCCCCACCUCCCCACCCCCAGGCUCGUCACUUGGCCCUGUGAUGACUUGGAUAAAGUCAUUAUGCUCAAGCUAACACAACGAAGAGAAUCCAAAUCGAAAAGAAGGUGGUGCAGUGGAUAGAGCGCUUGGCUCAGGAAGACCUUAGCUCAAGUCUGGCCUCAGCCUCUUAUCUGCUGUGUGACCCUGUGCAAGUCGCUCCCGCAGCCGGGGUUGUUGUGAGGACCAAAUGAGUUAUUUGUAAAGUGCUGUGCAAAUACGGACCAUAAUUGUAUAUAACGAUGUGAUCUCAACAGGCUAUCGUUGGGAUGAAUCUUAGGAAAUUCAGUGGUUUAUAUUGAGGACCCCAAAGCACCACCAUCAUGUGGCAGAGAUGUGGAGAGACAACAGUUCAGAAGAAGAUCUGGGGUUUAAAUGGACCAUGGUGAGGCUCAGUGUGAGUCAGCAGGGUGAUGGCCUGCAUUGAGGGGCAUAUGUAGUUUCCAGUACCAUUCGGAGUGUUUGGUUCUGAGCGCUGAUUUAAGGACAUUGGCCAGCUGGGGCGCAUUGGGAGGAAGGCAGGCAGGGUAGUGAUGGGCGUGGAUAGAUGAAACCUGAAUAGCCAGGAGUCUUGGAGGCCACGAUCACUGUUCUGCUCAGCCUAGGGGCCUGGUCUGACGAUGAGAGGUGCCCCAGAGUGGGCUGGACUGCUCACCAGCUGGGGGCUCCUCUCCUUGGAAGUCUCCAGACAGGCUGGGUGACCCCUCGCUGACUAUGUUGGACUGAACUCAGCCACUGGGACUCUUCCAAAUCAAGUUCUGUGAGCAAAUGUGGGUUUUUUCUGCAGUUGAUUUUCGUGGCCUCGGUCAGAUCCUUUCCCCUUUGGGGCCUGUUUUUUCCACUAUAAAAUGAAGGGGUUGGACUGCGUGCCCUGUAAAGUUCCUUCUGGCUCCAGGUCUACCAUCCUGUGACGAGGUGCCCUCCUCCCCAUCUUCUUCACCCUGAAGCAUGCCCUGACCAUCACUCCACUAGGUUUUCCAACCAGAUGCUGUGCUCUUGUCAAGCCUCAGGUGCAAGGAAUGUUAGCUUGAACCUAGGCUCUGAAAAAGCUGUCCCCAAGUGGAAGGUGGUGUGGGUUCAGAGGAGAAAGCGAAGGAGCUCGGUGGAAGCCGGGAUGAAGUUCUCCCUCACUGGGUUGUCUAGCUGGUGAGGGUAGGAAGGGGUCUCUUGGCCUCUGGAUUCCCUUCCACUGUUGAGACUUGGGUGAUUCUGAGCUCCCAUCCCUGGGGCCCUUUAAGCAAAGCUUGGAUAACUAAUUGGUGAAAUUAUAGACAGGAUGCGUGUGGAUGUUGGGGGGGGUGGGGUUGGACCAGAUAGCAUCAUUACACACACAAUGCAGUUGUUAUGGCAUGAUGCCGCCGCAAGGUGGCGCUCCCACCCAGGCCAGUGCUGCCCUUGUUCCCUUGUUCUGGAAGCUCAAGACUUUGUCGCUGACCAAGGCCGUGAAUGAGCACAGGGAAGACUGAAAGGAAAAUGACUGUCCCUGUGGGGCUUCAGGAAGAACCAGAAUUGCCUUCCUUUAACAGUACAGUUAGUGACGAAGAUAUAUGCAUGUACCCAGUGUCCACGUUUGUGAGCUUCAGGGCAACCAGGUGGGUAGAGUUUACCCGGGCUUUUUAAGCAGAGCUUCUUGGAAAUUAUCUUUGUGAAGAUGGAGGUAGGUGGACAGCAAGUCUGGUUCCCAGAAUCCAGUUCAGCCAUCUCCAGGGUCCCUUCAUUAAGGGGCCAACAAGCCAAGUGAAGUCAAUAAGCUUUUAUCAAAUGCCUCCUGUGUGCUAGGCACUAGGAUGCCAUAAAAGAGACAAAAGCACAGAUCUGCCUUCAAGGAGCGAACAUGCCACCAGCUAUAGUCAAACAAGGUACAUACAAGAUCAAUUAGAGAUAAUCUCAGAGGGAAGGCACUAGAAGGAAGGGAGGUCAGGAAAGGUCUCUUGCAGAAGGGAGGACUUUACUUGGGACUUAAAGAGAGCUAUGAAAGUCAUGGUGGAAUUGGGAAAGGAAAGAAUGCUAGGCAUGGGGGGGCUGGGGAGAGCCAUUGAAAGUGCCCGAGGCUGGGCCAUGUAGUGUCUUAUGAUGACCAGCAAAGAAGACAAUGUCACUAGAUCAAGGAGUACAUGCCAGGUGGGAAGAAGGAAGAGUGGCUUUUUUGUCCCACUCUCCACAGCAGUUCUAAACCCUUCUCUCUCCUCAAACCUCCCAUGUUCCCCCCCAUCACCCCAGCUGAAGACUUUGCCUCAUAUUUUACUGAGAAAUUCAGGCCAUUCACCAUGAGCUCCCUCUUCUCCCCUCUUCCUCAUCUAUCAUUCAGAUGCCUUUUGCCACUCUCCUUCAUCCCUCUUUGAUGAGGUGGCCUUACUCUUUCCCAAGGUUGACCCCUCUACCUGCUCAAGUGAUCCCAUUCCAUCCAUCUCCUCCAACAGAUUGUUCACCCUGUCAUCUUCAGUUUCUCCCUCUUUCAUGGUUCCUUCCCUGCUGCUUACAAACAUGUUCAUGUUUCCCCAGUCCUGAAGAAAUCCUCACUUGAUCCAUCCCCAGUAUAGCCCUAUAUGUCUCUUGCCUUUUGUGGCUAAACUUGAAGCAGACUCAAAAAGGCAUCAGCAACAUGGGCCUCUGCUUUCUCUCCUCUUCUCCCUUACAAUCUGGCUUCCAACCUUAGCAUUCUACCCAAACUGUUCUCUCCAAAGUUCCCAAUGAAUGAGCUCUUUUGUUGUUGUUGUUGUUUUGCAGG